AUGCUUCUGCCACAGCUUCGACACACUGGACAUUCGAGUUCUCAUUCCCAGGCAUUACAGUCUUCGAUUCUAGCUCAGAAAGGCCCUGCGUCGCCUGUUCAGCCCUCUUCUAUCUCGACGUACCCUCCCCACACCCUAGGGAACGGAAUCAACUACGGCCCUCAAGAAGCGCCUUACUAUACCACCCAUUCUUCUUACACGACUCCCUCGGCACAUUACGCUUCUAGCGGGCCACCCGACCUCAUGGCAUCCACCGCCCAAAUGCAGAGACCAUAUCCCCCCAUCUAUCACACUCCCCAAUCAACCUCGCCAGCCUCUGUAGCUUCUCAGCCGCACGACCAACAUGGCCGCAACAUCUACGCCCACUCUCCUCAAAUGCCGCAGAUGUUCUACCCGCCCUACUCCUCCAUGAACCCUGUACAGCCGCCCUAUGCGGCGCACCAUUCUCCCCAGCAUCACCCUCUCACAACACAAUCCAUGAUGAUGCCACCACAGAAAGCGCCAACGCAAUUGCCACCACAUCAGUCACCACACAUCCCCACAACGGCCAUGUCAAGCAGCCCUAUCAUGAAACUCGACACCUCCCAGCAACCUACUCCACCACAGCAAGCAAUGCACAACCCACCUCUUUCCGCAACAAGCAACCACCCAAUGUCCGCCAACAAUAUCCACUCCAGCCCACCACUAGGCGGGAGCUCCAGCGCAGCACCAGGCCCCAUCCCAGCCACAACCCCGCUAGUCGUGCGCCAAGACAGCAACGGCGUGCAGUGGAUCGCCUUCGAAUACUCACGAGACCGCGUCAAGAUGGAAUACACCAUCCGCUGCGACGUGGAAUCCGUCAACGUCGACACUCUCGACCAAAACUUCAAGACCGAGAACUGCGUAUAUCCGCGCGCAUGCUGCAGCAAGGAUCAAUACCGCGGCAACAGACUCGUCUACGAGACCGAGUGCAACGCCGUAGGCUGGGCCCUUGCAGAGCUUAACCCCGCCCUGAGAAGCAAGCGCGGUCUCAUCCAGCGCGCCGUCGACAGCUGGCGCAACAGUAACCAGGACCCCAGACUGCGCAGUCGUCGUGUGCGCCGCAUGGCCAAGAUCAAUCGCAGACAGUCCGUUCCUACUGUGCCUGCCAGCCACAUGCCUGGCUCUGGUCCUGUUGGUCCUGGUCUUCCCGGUCCUCUCGGUUCCAUGUCGGCUCCCGCACCCCGGCCGAAUCUAGGCCCUAUGUCGAUGGGCCCACCCCAGCUCCAGCAUCAUCACCACCAACCUGAUGGCAGUCCUAAUGAGGAAGUUAGCGGCACAGAUUACACCACCUCCAACACAAGCACAAACACAAACACCAGCAACACCAACACCAACACCAACAUCAAUACCGCCACCCACCACCGGUCCACCGUCGAGAGCACUCGUCUCCCAACAGCCCCAAUGACAGACCUCCGACCCGCCCACCUCUUCCACAAUGCCCCAACAACCCUAACACCCUCCAGCGCAACAGCCGGCCCAUCGAUGCCCCCACUCCUCCACGCCACAGGAAUGGCCUCCCUAAACCGCCACCCAACAAUCGCAACCUCCACUCGGAUGGACGACCGCCACUCCUCCUCAACCCACGACAUCGAAGAACAAGCCCCAACAAACGAAGACCUCUUCAGCCACCUCCCAGAUGGCAAGCGACGCAAAUUCAUUCUAGUCGACGACCCCCAGCGCGGCUGCCGUGUCCGCGUCAAAGUCGUCCUGGAUAAAGUCAACAUGGACGAGAUCCCGGAUUCAUACCGUGAAUCCAACGCCGUCUAUCCGCGCACUUACUUCCCCAUCCAGAUGCGCGAUGAGAACCGCGUUGUGCUGGGUAAUCGGUUCUUCAGGGAUGAAGCUGAGCAUGCUGAUGCCGGUGCUGAUCCGCAUUCUGAUGCUACUCUUGGUCGCACGACUGUUCCUGUGCCGUCGCUUGAGGCUGAGGCUGGGAAUGGGGUGGAUGCUUACCGCAAUAAGAUGCGCAGCAGUAUGCUCGCUGCUGGCCAGGAUCCGAUGGAUAUCCCGGAGCACUUUGACACUCGUCGUGGCAAGAGACGGUUCUUGGAGCGUGGUCAUUUGGAGAAUGCUGCCCAGAGGAGUGCUGAGGAGGUUGCGCCGUAG